AUGGCGCAAGGAGCUGGAAAAUUGAAGGCCGCCAAGACGAGCGGCGGCCGCAAGAACACGGGCCUGACGAAGAAGGGAAAGCGCAACUGCGCGCCGAAGAAGGCGAUGGCGAGCAAGGAGUACAUGACCAAGAAGGCUCUUUCCACCAAGAUCAACGCCAACAUUGAGCGGCAGAUGGUGAACGCCGCGUCGGCGGGCAAGCUCACGAUCAUGAAGGACAAGGGAGGAGACGACCCCAAGACGGCCGCGAAGAAGGCGAAGGAGGCUAAGAAGUAA